GACGCUACCCCAUGGAUUAACAGCAGAGCUGGGACUAGAACUGGUGUCACCUCACCCCCGCCUCCUCCCUACAUGAAGGUCGUCCCCACAAAAAUAUGUUAGAAAUGAAAUUGCGAGUGCCUGAAGACCUAUAGUUGAAGAGUGGCCACCGGGAUUCGGUGGACAGACGAGCAUCAUAUUUGAGCAACUUCGAGGCCUAAGGCUAUGAUCUCACAGCCCUAGGGAGCAUUCACUUCCCAUCAACCACCAUUUCCGCCGAUGAGCCUAAGAGUACACCAUGUUGAUCCUCUAUCUACUAGCAGCGGUCAUUGUGGGAUGGCUGAUAUACCGCCUCCAUCUAGACCCUCUGUCGCGUAUUCCCGGUCCUUUGCUGGCCAAGUUUUUCCCGAUCUGUAACAUUCAAAUGGUCCUCACCGGCAGACUGAUGUUCACGAUCAAAGAGCUGCAUGACACUUACGGCCCAGUAGUUCGCAUCGGACCAAGUGAGCUAUCAUUCGCAACAAACAGCGCAUUCGAUACCAUCUAUGGACCCUAUGGUGAUAAUAACUUCUCGCUUUACGGCAGCCGGAAAGGCCUGUUGGGAAGCCUGGGUGGCAUGGCAGAUUCUUUGGGCAACUCAACAGAGAAGGAAAAUCGCCGAAAGCUACGUCCCCUGGUUGCUACCUCGUUGAAUGAGCUGCUGGCCGCCAAAGGCGAGCAGUAUUGUCACCUGGCAAUUGCCGAACAAUUGGCAUUCCAUCGUGUAGGCCAGACGGAAGCCGCACCCGUCUCCCUGUCCACGUUGAACAAUCGGUACCUGUGGCAGUUCGCGAGCAUGGCGGCCUUUGGAAACCGCGGCGACGAAGCGGAGCGAGUAAGCUUCAAUCCUCAUGUAGACUGGCUGGACCGCUUCAUGUGCUUCCUUGAGACACUCUUGGUCUUUUUCUCACGAGCUACCAUUCACCGCCACAUAGCAAUUACUCUAAGAGUAUGGCAGGCCAUCUGCUUCAUAUUCCGACGGCGCGUCCAUCCAGGCGAAGUCAACUACGACAAGGAUGAAUCUGCAUUCCCAGAUAACCUACACAGUCGGCUCCGGAAGGCAGCUUCGAGGACGAUGCUCCCAGUUCCUGAUUCCUUAUUGCAGGUCAAUUGUUUUGUUCUCCGAUUCAGCAUAUACGGGACAGCGGACAACAUGCUGAAUGCGUUGUUUUAUUUUCUGCUGAAGAACCCACAAUGCUUAAGGAGACUGGAGGCGGAGGUCUUAUCUGUGGGGGCCGCCGUGGAUGAGCUAUCGGACGACUGUCUAGCCAGGUUGCCCUAUCUCAACGCCUGCAUCAACGAAACCUUCCGGAUUACCCCAGCCUUUAACGGGGGCAUUCUGCAACGGGUGUCUUGCGGCGCCACAGUUGAUGGGAUCUACGUCCCACCGGGGGUUGCGGUGUCGGUAGACCAUUAUACGCUAGGCCAUUCCCCUCAGUAUUGGGCAAAGCCAGAUGUCUUCAACCCGGACCGGUGGGUCGAUCAAAGUUGCAAGGAUAACUUCAAAGCAUCGCGCCCUUUUCUUAUCGGUGCACGCCAGUGUCCAGGGCGACAGAUGGCGUACCAGAUGUUCCGGGUGUGUGUCGCCAAACUAGUAUAUCUUUAUUCUUUGGAGAUGGUGAACAACGACUUUGAGAUUGAGCGGGACACCUUCUCUUCAUAUCAUUGGACCGGUGUCAAACUUGAUGUGACCAUGAAGCCGCGCACUCCGGGUGUUCUCGGCUACUAAUUCGCAUGGUCUUCUCCUUUGGCUGUGAAAUCUUAUUGUCAACCUUUCCGCCAUCAGACUAACUAUCGUUGAUUAUGUUAACUACGAUUGCCUGUUAAAUCUUUGCAAGCUAUUUGCUCGAUGUACUGUGAUGUGGUCCCGUGCUAGUGACACAUCAAGUGACCUAAAUGCAGUACAUAUCGCAAUAAUAUCAGAUUUCUUAUAUUCUGGGCCCCCAGCCCAGACCCACAUUGUUACUUCAGUUGUCCUCUAGGCAAUAUCAUUGAAGCGUCGAAACUCGCAU